CUACAUAUCCUUACAUAACAUUAUUAGAUCAAUAUUACUUUUAUACUCUUAGCUAGAAGAUGAACAAAAUGGGGUUUUUGAGGAGGUUGAUUUGCCUGGUAAUACUAGUGUUUGUGCAUGGAGGGGUAAUUAUGGAAACGGAAGGGUCCCACAUUGUGUUGCAAGACCUGGAAGCUCUCCAGCCCCCUUUCCCUAACCAAACCUAUCGAACCUCUUUCCAUUUCCAGCCUCCCAAGAACUGGAUGAACGGUCUGUUUUGUACUAUUCCAUCUUUCUCAGCUUAGCUUUAAUUUAUCAUGCAUGCAUUGCAUCUAACUACGUACUCCCUAACUUAGAUCUGAGUGAAAGUUUAUUUUUCUUGCCGUUAGCCUGUUAUGCAUUGCUAAUGUUUUUAUUUUUUUUCUCUUUCAUGUGAUGCGCCACGUAUAUAAAUCAUGGGUUUACAGAUCCAAACGGUCCAAUGGUUUACAAAGGCGUAUACCAUUUAUUCUACCAAUACAACCCAAAAGGAGCAGAUUUUGGCAAAAUAUCAUGGGGGCACUCUACUUCAAGAGACCUAGUCAACUGGAGAGCUCAUAUCCCUGCAAUCUCCCCAUCCCAGCCUGCCGAUAUUAACGGCGCGUGGUCGGGCUCCGCCACCAUCCUCCCCAGCGGAAAGCCAGCCUUGCUCUACACCGGGCAUGACUCGAGACACCGCCAGGUCCAGAACAUGGCGGUGCCCAAAAACGCGUCCGACCCGUACCUCCAAGAAUGGGUUAAAUCUCCCCGCAACCCUCUGAUCGCGCCAGACGAGUUCAACAAGAUCAACGCGACGUCGUUCAGGGACCCCACCACCGCGUGGCAAGGCCGAGACGGGAGAUGGAGGAUCCUGAUCGGCAGUAAAGUGAACCGGCGUGGGUUAGCCAUCCUGUACAGGAGCAAGGACUUCGUGAACUGGGUUCAAGCGAGACACCCCUUCCAUUCAGCCGAAGGGACUGGGAUGUGGGAGUGUCCGGACUUUUACCCAGUUUCGACAAGCCCGAGUGGUCUCGACACGUCGUCGUUAGGUUCUGGGAUCAAGCACGUGAUGAAGGUGAGCUUGGAUGACACUAAGCACGAGUACUACACGGUGGGAACGUACGACCAUGCCCGGGAUAAGUAUAUCCCGGACAAGGGAUCAGUGGAUAGCGAUGUUGGUGGGUUGAGAUAUGACUAUGGCAAGUUUUACGCCUCCAAGACAUUCUAUGAUAGCUUAAAGGGGAGGAGAAUCCUUUGGGGUUGGAUUAACGAGUCCUUGCCAAGCACAGAAUAUGUUAAACAAGGAUGGUCUGGAGUUCAGGGAUUUCCAAGAAGUGUAUGGCUGGACAAAAAGGGGAAACAGCUGGUACAGUGGCCAGUUCAAGAGAUUGAGAUGAUGCGUUCAAAUAGGGUUGAGAUGCAUGGCACUGUGCUCAAGAAAGGAUCUCUUGUUGAGGUUACUGGAAUCAAUGCCGCACAAGCGGACGUGGAGGCAACGUUUAAGGUGAGAGGGUUGGGGAAGGCGGAGAGAAUGGAGGCGGGAUGGAGUAGGGAACCACAAGUAUUGUGCAGCCAGAAGGGAGGAACGGUGAGGGGAGGAAUAGGGCCGUUUGGUUUAAGGGUUUUGGGUUCAAAAGAUGGCCAAGAACACACUUCUGUCUUCUUCCGAGUUUUCAGAGGAAACAACAACACUCACUUUGUGGUGCUCAUGUGCAGCGACCAAACCAGGUCUUCACUGAAUGAGAAGACAGAUAAGACGAGCUAUGGUGCAUUUGUGGACAUAGAUCCCGUGCGGGAGGAGUUUUCAUUGAGAGUCUUGGUAGACCAUUCGAUAGUGGAGAGCUAUGGUGGAAAAGGGAAGGCGUGCAUAACAUCGAGGGUAUACCCUACAAAGGCAAUAGGUGACAGGGCACACUUGCAUGCUUUCAACUUUGGCCUGCAACCCCUUUACCUCUCCAAACUCACUGCUUGGUCCAUCAAAAACCCCACCAUCAAUUGAAAAAACUUUACUCACUCUCAAUAAUAAUUAAUCCAUCCAUCCUUUAUCAUUAUUACGGCGGAUCGAUCGGAGUAUUAUUAAUAAAUUAAACCAUGCAUGCAUCCAUCUCUUUUUAUUAAUUAUUUACAUUUUAAAAAACUUUGAUGAUUAGAUGUGUACGUACGUGGCCGGGUGCAUGUGUAUUAUGUAUUCUUAAUUAAUUACUAUUGUUGUUAUGUUAUGUUAUGUAGUACGUCCUCGUCUUUAAUUUGUUAAUGAUUAGUGGAAAAUUUACUUAAAUAGCACUAAAACAUAGCGACUUUC